GACUCCAGGCAUCACAGACAGGGAGGAAACGCCAAGGGGUCAACCUGUCCUUGCCUUUGGGCAGUCUUCCCCAGACCAGAAGUAACUGUGAAGAGCAGAAAAAAAUGGGGCAGCUUUCCUCUCUGACCUCAGUGUGGAUGGUAGUGGUGGUAACCUCUUUGGUCAUCAUAGCUGCAAACAUUGAUACUGUGGAAGCAAGAAGCUGCUCUGAAUGUCACAGCAAUGCCACCUGCGUGGAGGAUGGGAUGGUCACAACAUGCUCCUGCCUGGUGGGUUUCACUGGCAACGGCUUUGAGUGCGUGGACCUGGAUGAAUGUGCCAUUCCUGGUGCCCACAACUGCUCGGAGGGGAGCAGCUGUAUGAAUACGCCGGGCUCCUACCUGUGCACCUGCCCCGACGGCUUCCGUCUGACACCGGGGCUGGGCUGCAUCGACGUGGAUGAGUGCUCGGAGCCGGGGCUCAGCCGCUGCCAUGCCCUGGCCACCUGCAUCAACAACAAGGGCAAUUACUCGUGCGUGUGCCCAGCGGGCUACCGAGGGGACGGGCAGCACUGUGAGUGCUCCCCGGGCUCCUGCGGCCCGGGCUUGGACUGCGUGCCCGUGGGCGACGCGCUGGUGUGCGCGGACCCGUGCCAGGAGCAUCGCAUCCUGGAUGAGUACUGGCGCAGCACCGAGUACGGGGCAGGUUACACCUGCGACGUGGGCCUGAAUGGCUGGUACCGCUUCACAGGGCCAGGUGGGGUGCGCCUGGCGGAGACAUGCGUGCCGGUCCUGCACUGCAACACGGCCGCGCCCAUGUGGCUCAAUGGCACACACCCGACCAGAGACCAGGGCAUCGUGAACCGCACAGCCUGUGCGCACUGGAGUGGCCACUGCUGCCUGUGGGAUGCGUCCAUCCAGGUGAAGGCGUGCGCCGGCGGCUACUAUGUCUACAACCUCACGGAGACCCCUGAGUGCUACCUGGCCUACUGCACAGACCCCACCUCUGUGUUGGGGACAUGUGAGGAGUGCAGUGUAGAAGAGGACUGCAAAUCCCAUGAUGGCAUGUGGAGCUGCCAGUGCAAACAGGACUUCAAUGUCACAGAUCUCUCCCUCCUGGACCGCAGGCUGGAGUGUAGGCCCAAUGAUAUCAAGGUGUCCCUGAGCAAGUGUCAGCUGAAGAGCCUGGGCUUUGAGAAGGUUUUCAUGUACCUGCGUGACAGCCAGUGCUCAGGCUUCAAUGAGAGGGGCGACCGGGACUGGGUAUCUGUGGUGACCCCAGCCAGGGAUGGUCCCUGUGGGACAGUGAUGAUGAGGAAUGAAACCCAUGCCACAUACAGCAACACUCUUUACCUGGCAGAUGAGAUCAUCAUCCGUGACCGCAACAUCAAAAUCAACUUUGAGUGUUCCUACCCCCUGGAUAUGAAAGUGAGCUUGGAGACCUCCCUGCAGCCGAUAGUCAGCUCCCUAAACAUCAGCGUGGGCGGGACAGGCAUGUUCACCGUGCGGAUGGCACUCUUCCAGACUCCUGACUACACACAGCCCUACCAAGGCUCCUCUGUGACCCUGACCACAGAGGCCUUUCUCUAUGUGGGCACCAUGCUGGAUGGGGGUGAUUUGUCCCGGUUUGCACUGUUGAUGACUAACUGUUAUGCCACACCCAGCAGCAACGCCACAGACCCCUUGAAGUACUUCAUCAUCCAGGACAGAUGUCCACGCACUACGGACUCAACCAUCCAGGUGGUGGAGAAUGGGGAGUCCCCUCAGGGCCGAUUUUCUGUCCAGAUGUUCCGUUUUGCCGGGAACUACGACCUGGUCUACCUGCACUGUGAAGUGUAUCUCUGCGACAUCAUUAAUGAAAAAUGCAAACCUACCUGCUCUGGAACCAGAUUCCGCAGUGGAGGCAUCAUAGACCAAAGCCGCGUCCUGAACUUGGGUCCCAUCACACGGAAAAAUGUCCAGGCAGUGGUCUCAAGGGCUGCUUCCAGCAGCUUGGGGUUCCUGAAGGUCUGCCUGCCUCUGCUUCUAUCGGCCACCUUGACCCUGAUGUUUCAGUGAUUGGCAGCUGGAAACCCUGUGCUCUGUGGCUUCAUUUCCUGCUGGCUGGGGAUGAUGCCGCUUAGUGCUCCAGCCACAGAAAAGGGAACUCACACUUCAGUCACCUGCUCCUCUUUCCGCACCUUUAAUCCUCAUUAUCACAAAAUAUCUUAAUAUCUUUAAAUUCUGCCUUCUUUCAAAAUGGGACUUGUGACGUGUGCACAUGAGGCCCCAUGUCUCCUUAAAGAUUGUGGCAAAAUAAUAAUAAUUUUAAAAGCUCA